CACGGAAUGAAGAACAAAGUCCCUUCACGAAGGCCAGAGUUGGAUAUAAGGUUGACAUGAGAGGAACCUUGGUCAAAACGCUAAAUAAAUUUGAAAUAAUUUAUGGUGAAAGUUCCGGUG